AUGACUUCUCAUCUGAUGGCCCCCUUCUGCCUGCUGACCCUGCUGCUGCCACCUCUCAGUUUGGGAGCCCCCACGUCCACAGCUGAGUCUAUCACCCAAGCCUAUAACCUGGCGCUCGACAUGCAGAUGCAGACUUCAGCCCUGCUGCAGACUUACCUCGAGCACCAAGGCACUCCCUUUAGUGAUCCCGACUUCUCAUCCCCCGGACUCUCGCUCAUAACCCUGCCUUCGACCGACAUGCCCUUCGAGAUCUGGCACGGCCUGGAAGAUGGAGAACGUCUGAGCCUCACCCAGGAGGCCUUCUGGUCCUUCAGCCAGCACUUCCAGCUUGCGAAGGAUGAUCAGAGUGACCUGAACCCUGGCAAUUCCAUUGUGGUGGGUCAGCUUGAGGAAGCAAGACUCAAGGCAAAAGGCCUAGCGGGCAACUUGGCUGGCAUCAUGACUGCCCUGGACCUGCUCACCCCCCCAGAAAACACCCCCCUUGGUAGUGUCCCUUUAGGGGACUCGGUCUUCGAGAGGAAGUGUCGAGGGUAUGUAAUAAUCCGGGACUACAGCUUUUGGACAGACCGAGCUGUGACUUUCUUGGGUGAGCUCAAGGCCAAAUACUCUGAAUAG